UACGCAAUCGAAAAGCCGGUUGAGUUGCGCCAUCCCAUCCCGACGGUCACUCUCACCUCGUCCUCGCCGCUUACCACUAAUUACCAAAAUGUAUUACAAAUUUAGUGGGUUCACACAAAGACUAACGGGAGCGUUGCCAACCUCCGCCUACAACCCUCAGGGCUUGAGGUCAAAUAUACCUUCUGAAUCCCCUACAAUCAUCUUUGCCACACCAACUAAACUGGUGUCUGAGUCAGGUGCUGCAGUGGAGUAUAUGGGUGCCAACAAGGUUCAAGACCUCCAGAGGAUAUUUCAGGCCUCAGAUGAGAUUCCUGUCCAUCUGAAGCGAGGUGUUCCAGACAGACUCUUGUACAGGACCACCAUGGCUCUGACAGUCGGGGGAGCUCUCUACUGUCUUGUGGCUCUUUAUAUAGCAGCACAGCCCAAAAAGUGAACUGUACCCAGCUUCUUCUUUUCAUCGACUCACAUCAUCAGUGAUGAAAUAACAUUUGUGAUCUGUAUCUUUGUUCUACUUAUCAUUAAUAUAAGCAAUAUCCCUCCCAGCAUCAAUCACCAUGAACA